AUUUGCUCCUCUUCAUCAUAAUGAACCUUUGGCACUGCCUCUUUCUCUUACAUCUCGUGCUGGCCUCUGAAUGCCCACAGUACCUAACAGCUACUGCAGUUGUGGAGGAUGCAAGGGGAUCUGCGCUCCUUGAAUGUUGGCGGUUUACAUCACCAUUUUACGAAUACCCAACUGUUGGAAUGGCUCAUUCUCUGGCCAACGUAUCGAAUAUCACUUAUGUCGCAAUCCCACCUCGCUCCAGUGAAGGAAUUCAUAAGCCGCCCCACCCCAUGAUAUUCGUUCUUCUUUCGGGGUUGGCACAUGUCACACUUCCGGACAGUGAUGAAGAGGCGUGGAUUAUGGAAGGAGUGAAUGGCUUGCUAGUUGCAGCCGAUGUCUCUGGGUUUGGGCAUUACACUGACUAUCCAUCUGACAAGACGACGAUUGCUUUGCAAGUUCCCUUCAAGGAUGGGCAUAUCCCUGACCACGCUGUUGUCCACCGUGGGGCAUGCAGAUCAGCAAGCCAAGUUACGCCGCCCUGCAGUCAAGCUGCAUCCCGAGAUCCUUGGCUGCGCGAGGAGCUGUGAGCAGCGGUUGAGGUCCGCGGGUAGUAUUGAGAGAGGGCGAGAAACUAAGUAUGCUUGAUUUGCCGGAAUUUCUGGGCAUAAUUGGGACAUACGUGAGGAAUAUACAGAACCGAUGCCCCAGCCCGCUUUACCUGACUGCUUUUGCGGUCUAUGUAACAGCUUUGAGGCUUUGUAGAUGCUUGUGUUGCUAGUUUAAUGUUCCUAAGCCCACUUAUUCAAUGUAUGAUAGAUCUGGUCGAUAUGAAGCGCCCUCGGAGGGAAGGAAUGGGGAAGACUCUUCUCCGAACCGAUCCACGUAGUAUACAAUAGCAGCUUGAGUCUUAGCCCGA